CUGGGUGUGCUGUGUGUGUUGAUGUUGUGGUAGCUUGCGUUCAGAGUGGGUACGUCAGGGGCGACAUUUGGCCGCUGCGAUCCACAGGUGUGCAUGUCAGGACCCUUGUAAAUGCGGCGUCUGCGCGUGUGGUGAGGACUCACGCUCCAUAACGCGCUGUCACUGAAGAGGGUCGCGGCCGUGCGUCUUGCCAGCCUGUUUGGACCCUGUCCUGCCACGACUUUAGGUGCAAAGAAACAACCAAGGCCCCGCCGUUGAUGCUGAUCCUCUGCGUGUGUCUGAGUUGCCGGUGAGAGGUGCCUUUGGUGGCCCCCCUCUGUGAACUUGGCACUUCAUACUCCAAAAGCCCCUCUCAAGUCCACUGGGAGGUCUGCAGCAUCCUUUGAAGACCUCAGGUGUGAAGUUGGUCAGGGGCAGACUGAGCGAGAUGAAGACAUGUGUCGUGUUUCUGGCAGCUCUGCUGCUCCCCAGCAUCCAAGCAGUGUGUCCAGAUAAAGAACCAGGGCUGCUGCCAUGGAUGCCAGGACACAGUGAAGACCACCGUGUUACAAUCGGUUAUGGCAGGAAGGUCCUUCUCACAACUUCAGCUACAGUCCACUCCAUUGAGAUUCUAAAUGGAGGAAAGCUGGUGAUUGCUGACACCAACCGGCCCAUACUGCUCCGGACAAAACACAUUCUGAUUGGGAACAACGGGGAACUGCACAUUGGCAGCCCAGACUGUCCUUAUAGAGGCAACCUCACCAUCUCCCUGUUUGGAAGAAUGGAUGAUAGCGAUGAAGAACACGGCUACUUUGGGAGGAAGUACAUUGGCGUGGGGACAGGAGGGACACUGGAGAUUCACGGGCAAAAGAAGCUGUCAUGGACGUUCCUCAACAAGACCCUGCACUCUGGAGAAAGCAACCAAAACAACUACCUGUUCCAGAGAAGCUGGGGGAACCGAGGCAUCAUUAUACACAUAAUCGACCCCAAGACCGGAGAGGUGCUGCAUGAUGACAGGUUUGACACAUACCGCAGUAAGAAUGAGAGUCGCCGCCUUGCAAAGUAUGUAGAGGAAGUGGAGGCGGGACUCAUACUGGCUAUGGUGGUCAACGACGAGGGCUCCAACAACCUGGAGGACUCAGCCAAGAGUAGCCUCUCUAGGCUGGGCAGCCAACACAUUAGCAGUUUGGGAUUUCGGCACCCCUGGACCUUUAUUGUGAAAAAAGGCGACGCCUCUUCUGUUGUGGAGGAUCACGCUAUCUAUCAAGGGACCAAGGCCUCCUCAGAGGCCCGGAGCACCACUGUUUUCCAGUCAAAUUUUGGAGAGCAUUUCACCAUUACCACCAGCAGCCAGUGGGUGCAAGAGGCAGAGUGGACUGAUUGGUUUGACAGGGAUGAUGAGAGGGGAUCUGGAGACUGGGAAAAACUAACUGAUCUGCACGAGGCCUAUCCAGACCGACUGUGUAGCAGUCCUCUGGACAUCCAGGCUGAAACCCAUGACGGAAUACCAUCCAACCAGACAGGAGACGUGAUCUACAAGAAUGACAAGGACUAUGGCUUUGUCUGCCUCAACAAGGACCAGGUUCAUGGCCUGUGUCAUAACUACAGGGUUCGCUUCCUUUGUGGAAAACUGGUUCGUCCACAGGCCUCCAUUUCCAUUGACACGUUGUCAAACAGCAGCAUCCUGGAGCUCGCCGAUCACCCGGCAGGCUGGGGGUCUGGGGACAAAAUAGUGGUGGCCAGUACAGACUACUCAAUGCACCAGGCUGAAGAGUUUACUCUGCUGCCCUGUUCUACCUGCACAACCAACCAGGUUAAGGUUAAAGGUAAGGCCCAGUUCGUCCACAUGGGCGAGGAGGUGGACGGGGUAGAUAUGAGGGCGGAGGUGGGCCUGCUGAGUCGUAACAUCCUGGUCCGUGGGGAAAUGGAGCCCGGCUGCUAUGGCAACGAGGCCUGCAAAUUCUUUGACUUCGACACGUUUGGGGGACAUCUGAAGGUGGAGCGAGGUUUCAAGGCGGUUCAUAUAUCUGGGAUGGAGCUCCAACACAUGGGACAGCAGACAAUGGGACACUACCCAGUCCACUUUCACAUGAAUGGAGAUGUGGAUGAGAGGGGAGGCUACGACCCCCCGACAUCUGCCAGCGAUCUUUCCAUUCACCACACUUUCUCCCGCUGUGUAACCAUCCACGGCUCCAACGGACUGCUGGUAAAGGACGUGGUGGGCUAUGACGCACUAGGCCACUGCUUCUUCACGGAGGAUGGUCCAGAGGAGAGGAACACGUUCGACCACUGUCUGGGUCUGAUGGUGAGAGCGGGGACCUUGCUGCCUUCAGACAGGGACAGCAAGAUGUGCCGUGACAUCACCGAUGGAGCUUAUCCUGGAUAUGUGGCCAACCCACGUCAAGACUGCAGCGCAACUUCAACUUUCUGGAUCGCCAACCCCAAUAACAACCUCAUCAACUGUGCUGCUGCCGGCUCAGAGGAAACGGGCUUCUGGUUCAUUUUCCACCAUGUGCCCACAGGCCCCUCAGAGGGGCUGUACUCCCCUGGGCGUACUGAGCACACACCUAUGGGCCAGUUCACCAACAACAGAGCCCAUUCCAACUACAGGGCUGGAAUGAUCCUUGAUAAUGGAGUGAAGACCACCCAGGCAAACGACAAGGACAAGAGACCCUUCUUAUCUCUGGUUGGAGCCAGGUACGGCCCUCACCAGGAUGCAGACCCCUUCAAGCCCAGAGUCCCUGCCCUCAUCCAUCACUUCAUAGCCUACAAGAACCAGGAUCACGGAGCCUGGCUGAGAGGAGGGGACGUGUGGCUGGAUGACUGCCAAUUUGCGGAUAAUGGGAUUGGCCUAACACUGGCAAGUGGAGGGACCUUUCCAGAUGAUGACGGCUCUCGUCAGCAGGUGAAGAACUCGCUGUUUGUGGGUGAAAGUGACAACCAUGGGAUGCCCCUUCCGGACAACAAGAUCUGGGGGAUGGGUGCUGACCUCACUGGUAGGACCCUGCCUCGUGGCGUGGAUUUUCCCAUCCGGGGCAUGCAGAUCUACGACGGGCCAAUCAAUGUGCAGAACUGUACAUUUCGGAAAUACGUAGCAUUGGACGGACGGCACACCAGCGCCUUUGGCUUUAGGCUCAACAACUCGUGGCAGAGCUGUCCCAACAACAACGUCACUGACAUCACCUUCGACCACGUACCUAUUACUUCUCGGGUGUUUUUUGGUGAGCCGGGACCCUGGUUCAAUAAACUGCAGAUGGACGGGGACAAGACGACCAUCUUCCACGAUAUUGAUGGCUCGGUGAGUGAGUAUCCCGGGGCCUUCCUGGUUAAAGAGGACAACUGGCUGCUCCGUCACCCUGACUGCAUUGAUGUGCCGGACUGGAAGGCUGCUAUCUGCAGCGGCCACUAUGCGCAGAUCUACAUCCAGACACGUAACCCUGCAAACCUGAACAUGCACAUAGUGAGAGAUGAGUACCCUGACCAUCCCCUGACCCUAGAGGGCGCUCUGGGGAAGAGGAAGCAUUACCAGCAGUUCCAGCCAGUGAUCACACUGGCCAAAGGCUACACCAUCCACUGGGACCAGGCGGCACCGGCCGAGGUCACCAUCUGGCUCAUCAACUUCAACAAAAAUGACUGGAUCAACGUAGGGAUCUGUUACCCACAAGGUACCACCUUCACCAUCAUCUCUGACAUCCACAACCGCCUGACCAAACAGACCCGCAAGACUGGAGUCUUCAUGAGGACGACUCAGAGGGAGAAGAUCAACCACUCGCAUCUGGCCAGAGGAUAUUACUACUUGGAACAAGACACUGGUCUGCUCUUCCUGAAAGUGAAGGCCCAUAACAACAGGGAGCAGUUUGCCUUCUGCUCAGUCAAGGGUUGUGAGAGAGUGAAGAUCACGGCCAUCAUCCCAAAAGGCAGUCCGCCCAGCAACUGCUUGGCCCAGACCUACCCCAAACAUGCAGAGCUUCCAGUUGUGGACGUCCCCAUGCCCAGAAAGAUACCAAAUGCCAGACUGAACACACCAGAGCACUUCCUGGAGGUCAAACUGGAGUCAUACAACACGCGCUUCUUCCACAUCAAGGAGGACUUUGCAUAUACUGAGGUUAAUGGCAAGAAGUUGUACCAACCAGAAGAUGGGGUGCAACUGACAGUAAUUGACGGCCACGAUGGGAAAGUGGUAGAGAGCAAAAGCUUCAGGAACUCCAUCCUGCAGGGCAUCCCCACACAGAUAGACAACUACGUCAGUGGACUGAGAGACGGCUCCGUCGUCCUCAUGACGUCUAAGGGUCGUCUAGUUACCAGAGGAUCCUGGACUAAAGUCCUGGAGAAACUCGGAGCAGAUAGAAGCAUCAAACUGAAAGAUAAACUGGCAUUUGUGGGCUUCAAGGGCUCCUUCCACCCCGACUGGGUCCAUCUGGAGGUGGGUGGCGACCGAGCCAAGAUCCAUCAGGUCUUGCCUGUUCCUGUGGUCCACAAGAUGAAGCUAUGAGUGUCAGGCAGUGAGGAGGGCAGCCAAGUGACUAUGUAGCCCCCAGAGACUGAUACACACCCUUUGAAAAAUGCAACCGCACACCAACACUCACUCAUACAGCACACAAACAUGCACACUGCCAGCACUGCAGAGUCAGUUGCUCCGAGACAUUGGUGGAGGUAUUUAUUCUGGGUUAGACAGAGAACAAGAAUGAUGAGAUGAGGUAUGUUGAAACGGUGAAGACCCUCUACCGGGGCCAGUGCUGCCCUUGAUGAACUGUAUCUAUGUAAGAUCCCUACCACCAUUAGUGGGCUUAAAGAUGACACCGUGCCCUCUGAUGGCCACACUGGAGGUCCUCGGCACUACAGAACAACCAAAUGUGCUUGAAGAAAUAUGGCUGCCUCCACAGACAUCACUGAUUGUUUCCGUUUCUGGUAGAACUCUGCCAUUGCAUCGUUAACACCGUUGCUAUGAUUACACAAUGUUAGCUUAUUAGUCAACGUAACCAUGGAAUUUGGCCAGCUAUCACCAUUGGAGUACUGGAUAUUAUUAACUUUGUUUCAUGUUAACACAGACACGGUUGUGAAUUUUCUGACACGACCAAAAAUCGUAUUCUACACAUUUUGGGCAGAUUAAAGUUGUGUAUGCAGUCUGUCCUCUAACAAACCCUUCUAUUGGUUUACUCCAGCACUUCCAAAGCAAAAAUGUUGAUACCCUUUGGUGUCACUGUUACAUCAUGCAGUUGGAUAGAGCUUUUAGGCGAGCUAUCUUUGGAAUGAUCUAGUUCAUAGGACAGUACCAAGGUAAAGAAACAUGAAUGUACAUAGAAAGGCUUGCCCUUAGUGAGAUGAGUGAGAUGUGAUAUCCAUGCAGACAGGAAUAAUGGCUCACUCUUUUGGUCAGUCUUUCCUUUGAUGGCAGAAGAGAGAUCAGGAGUUUUGUGAAAAUAUUCCACUCUCGACUUCACACGUUGUUGCUGAAUCCACAGAUGACACUGAUAGACAGAGUGGUGAGACAACAGUAGUGGUUUUAGAUGCAGUUUUAUAGUUCAGUGAGCGACCCUGCCUCAUGUCCCACUGGCAAUAAUGUGGUCGCAUCAUCACUAUAGAACACAGAAUAGAACACAGAAAUCUGGACUUAGUUCUUCUCCCACCAAUGAGCGUUUUCCGUUACAAGAGAUUAGUGUUUAGAUGUCAGUCAGUUCUCUGCCUGUCUCUUCACUGCUGGAAGUCCCUGAAAUAGUUCCAGAUCCAGGACCAGCUCCAAUAAUUCCUUUCAAGAACCAUAACCAACCAGCCAGUUAUAGAAACAUCAACUCAACAUCAACUAAAAUCAGCAACUUAUUUUGAGACAUGGAUGCCGUUACCUGGGCUUCCUAUCCACUGAGUGGCAGGCAAAUCAAUUAUUUGUAUAGGGGCUGAGAGUUUGCUCCUCCCACUUCCUAACAUUAUAUAGCUGCAUUCAUUAGUGACUUAUGUCUGAACAGUUACAGGAAGAGUUGUGUUGCGUCUGUGCUUAGCGUAACUGGGCCCGUGCAAUAAAAAACAAUGUACGAAAAACUAAAUGCCCGUGAUUUCCAGUCAGACAGUUCUUCAGGAUAAAUGCUUGAUGCACUUAAGACAGCAAAGGCCCUAAAUUAAUAUAUAUGUAUAUAUAUCACUAUCUGAACAAAAAUCAGAUGGAAAAAAAUGGACGGAAGGAUUGAUGAAAACACAUAACAGGUCAGCAAGGAAGAUAGAAGAAAUAUGAAGCACAAAGAUAUCAGAAUAACCACUGAUGGAUGUUAGACUGUAAGUGUAUACAAAAUCUCUGCAAUGAUCCACAAAUGUCCACAAAACAUCAGAUGCAACACAAACCAUUUAGGCUAGGCCAGUCUUAACUGGCAAAUGCACCAGGUUUGUUGUACAGUUAGCCUUUUGUGAUUUUUUUUAGUUUUAGAUUUUCUGGGCUGACUGAACCUAACAUUUUAGCUAAUUCGCUUUCACACUUUACAGUGGCAGUAUGUGAUGUGAUGUGGCAAUUUUUUGGUGAAAAUGCAAUGGCUAUCAAAUUAAAGGGAGCAAAUAUAAAGAAAGUGUGAGCCAGCUAUUCAGACGCAUGUGUAAUGUGAGCAUCCUUCCCAUACAGGUGUCAGUGAUAUGUGACAGAUGUAGAAGUUGAGUGAUUUUACUGUCCUGCUUUGUUUGACUAAACUGUUUAAAGACAGAAAAGAGACCACACACACACACAUCCAAAAAAAGACAUUCCUAUUUUUGCGUCCCAAGCAGUGGUUAACUUCCUUUGUUUCAUUCCAAGAGCUCAUUCACUUGAUAUUGUGAAGUUGAUUGUGAUUCAUCUGUCUGUGGUUUGGAAUUUACCAGCAAGAUGCCCCGCCCCCUGGCCCAAAAAAGAAAACCUAAAAAAAAAAAGAAACAUCAAAUUAAAUGUGCUGAAUGUUUAAUCAGUGAGAUUUUUUAAUGUGCAAUUUCCCCAUUUCAAAAUGGCAGAGAAAUCUCUGUUCUAAUCUCACAAAGAAGAAGAAAAAAAAGGAUUCCCACUCCCUCUGCCGAAAUAGCUGGUCUUUUUUCGGAGGUUGUAGCAGUAAUUUAGUGUUUUGUAUGUUAAAUGUGUUUUUAAAAAUCCACAGAUUGCUAAGAGAUAUAUUUUAUACUUAUUUAUUGUACAGACACAGUUGAUCCAAAUCUACAAGGGACAUCUUUUGAGUUGUGACGUUAUUAAUGUACUGUAUGUAUUCUGUAUGUAAGAAACAUAAACCAUUAUAGCUCCAUUUUGUCAGUUGCUGCGUACAUGCAUAUGACUCUUGGUACAGUGUUGUAUAUGUGGCUUGGACUUGUAAAGUGAUGAAACGCCAUGACUUUGGAUUUCUUCAAGAACUUUUGUACAGAAAUAAAGAAUGCUCAACAGUU